CGUGCGCAGAAGGCGUCGGAGGCGCAUGCUCCGUGACGGUCCUGGGAGCGCAGAGAGGCGCCGGCGUCGGCCUGGGAGGUCCGCGGAGUCCACGCCCCGGUGCGGGCAUGGCCGCCAGUCUGUGGAUGGGGGACCUGGAGCCCUACAUGGAUGAGAACUUCAUCUCCAGAGCUUUCGCCACCAUGGGGGAGACCGUGAUGAGUGUCAAAAUUAUCCGAAACCGUCUCACGGGGAUCCCAGCUGGCUACUGCUUUGUAGAAUUUGCAGAUUUGGCCACAGCCGAGAAGUGUUUGCAUAAAAUUAAUGGAAAACCCCUUCCAGGAGCCACACCUGCAAAACGUUUUAAACUGAAUUAUGCUACUUACGGGAAGCAGCCAGAUAACAGCCCUGAGUACUCCCUCUUUGUGGGGGACCUGACCCCAGAUGUGGAUGAUGGCAUGCUGUAUGAAUUCUUCGUUAAAGUCUACCCCUCCUGUCGGGGAGGCAAGGUGGUUUUGGACCAGACAGGCGUGUCUAAGGGCUAUGGUUUUGUGAAAUUCACAGAUGAAUUGGAACAGAAGCGAGCUCUGACGGAGUGCCAGGGAGCAGUAGGCCUGGGGUCUAAACCUGUGCGGCUCAGUGUGGCAAUCCCUAAAGCGAGUCGUGUGAAACCAGUGGAAUAUAGCCAGAUGUAUAGUUACAGCUACAACCAGUAUUACCAGCAGUACCAGAACUACUAUGCCCAGUGGGGCUAUGACCAGAACACAGGCAGCUACAGCUACAGCUACCCCCAGUAUGGCUAUACACAGAGUACCAUGCAGACAUAUGAAGAAGUUGGAGAUGAUGCACUGGAAGACCCCAUGCCACAGCUGGAUGUAACUGAGGCCAACAAGGAGUUCAUGGAGCAAAGCGAGGAGCUGUACGACGCGCUCAUGGAUUGUCACUGGCAACCCCUGGAUACAGUGUCUUCAGAGAUCCCUGCCAUGAUGUAGUCAAGCCAGAAUGGACUGUGUGAGAGAGAUGACCUUUUUUAAAAAAAAAAUUACAAGAACUUUUACCUUUUUGGAAACUAUUUGUAAGAUUUUAAUAAUCAACGGCUUCCUGAGAUUGUGUAUAUUUCUGCAACACCCCUGACCUCAUUUGAGUGAUGCAUCUAACUUCACUUGAAAACUAAGGCACCACCCAUUCAGGACUGUUUUUUUCCAUCUCUGAAAAUGAAUCUCUUGCAAGUAGGGUUAUCCAUAAUGAAAGUGGAUCAUGAUUCAGAUACCCACUAAACCCUAGAUUUAAAGGUCCUUGUCCUAAGUGUUAGAAAGAAUAGGGCAUCUGCAUGUCAGAGCAAUGUCGUAGAUACUUCACCACCCCAUGCCCCACUGCAAGACAGGUUGACUAAGAGUGAGGCCCACUGUUAACUCAUGACAUUCCAGCUGGGCCUUGAGGUAGACCGUGAUGUACAUGGACCUAGACCAAUGAAAGUGGUGGGUUUUCUGCCCAUCUACGACCAGGGGGUGGGGGACAGUCAAAGAGAUUUUAGUGCCAUGCACACAGCAGAACAGAUCGCCUAUCUGCCUAAAUAUCUCCCCAAACUGCAGUUUUAUGGUAUGAAAAACUGGGCAGGUUUUAGGAUGAGCAUGACUCAAAUAUAACCUAAUUAUUGAGAAUGUCGACUAAUUACGUGCUUACUCACAGAAUGUACGUAAGAAAUGGCAGCCUUGAUGAUGGCCAUGAUUUUUAGUAUGAUGCAGUAUAGGUCGCUUACAGGUUCAAGUUGAAACUAACUGCACAUGUCAGGCCAGCUAAUUUUGGUUAGAUCCAGCUUUAUUUGCAAUUAGGGUGAGUAGUUCUGUACUGACUCGAAGCCUUUCAUUAAUAAACAUUAAUUGAUCGUAAGUUGAAAA